UAAACAUGAUCUGCACUGUGACCGGCCCCACUGUGGUCGACUCUCAAGGCUAUCAGAGCUCUGUGACGGAUCGGUGCAUGUACUCUCUGCUGUCAGACUCAUCCAGCAGUUUUGAAGUGCUGGCUAACUUCCAGGAACGUCGCCGUCGGGAUGUGAGCUUUUUGGACAGUGUGAGCCUUCGACCUGUUGGCUCAAAUGAUUACUUUCACCUGGAACAAGGUGGCAGAGUUAAGAUGAACGAGACAGUGUUGACCCUGAACAGUUCAGCCCAACAGAUUCAGAAUAUUAUGUUAAGCAAGGACAAAACUGGACUGUCAGCAGUGUUUUCAUUCUCUGGGCUCAAAAUAUCAGUGAUGUUUGAUGGCUACACAGCACAGAUCCACAUGAAUGUACCUGUUGGAUCAUCGAUGAAGGGCCUAUGUGUUGACUCCAGGAACAUUUCAAGUCCAAUCAGGUGCUUUGUAAACAGGAUCUGCACUGUGACCGGCCCCACUGUGGUCGACUCUCAAGGCUAUCAGAGCUCUGUGACGGAUCGGUGCAUGUACUCUCUGCUGUCAGACUCAUCCAGCAGUUUUGAAUUGCUGGCUAACUUCCAGGAACGUCGCCGUCGGGAUGUGAGCUUUUUGGACAGUGUGAGCCUUCGACCUGUUGGCUCAAAUGAUUACUUUCACCUGGAACAAGGUGGCAGAGUUAAGAUGAACGAGACAUUGUUGACCCUGAACAGUUCAGCCCAGCAGAUUCAGAAUAUUAUGUUAAGCAAGGACAAAACUGGACUGUCAGCAGUGUUUUCAUUCUCUGGGCUCAAAAUAUCAGUGAUGUUUGAUGGCUACACGGCACAGAUCCACAUGAAUGUACCUGUUGGAUCAUCGAUGAAGGGCCUAUGUGUUGACUCCAGGAACAUUUCAAGUGUGAAACGUCUUGAUUUAAGCUCUUCAAGCUGUGAAAGGCAGUAUGAAGACCCUGUCGACAGUCAAAUAAACUGCAACAUGACAACUGAAUACUGUAACCUG